UCUCCCCGGAAUCCCAGCCCCGCUUCCCUCGUGCGCUUCUGCUUUACCUUGCACGCUCUCUCUCUCUCUAACCUCCUCCUCCCCAUUGCUAUGCCCGGAAUCGAACCCUAGCCUGAGCUUGAGCGCGACCCUGAUCCCCUGUUCGCCAUGGAUCGCCCGCCACAUCUUGACAUCGACCUCAACGAGCCGCCACCGCCGUCGCCCCCGCAUGAGUUCGCUGCCCCCGUUGCUCCUCCUCCUCCGCCGCUGCCACCCGCUAACGUGCAGGCCCACCUGCUGCUGCCGCACCAUGCCCGCGAGCUAGCGCUGGCGUACCACCGUGCGGAAUCCUGGAGGUUAGCUGCUGCUACGGCCAGUGCGCCCGCGACCGCUGGUUCUUCGCUGGAGGUGCCGCCACCGCCGGUUCUCCAGUCGCCCGCUUUUGCUCCUCCGCCGCUGCGGCCGCCGGUUCUCCGGUCGCCCGCUUUUGCUCCUCCGCCGCUGCCGCCACCGGUUCUCCAGUCGCCCACUUUUGCUCCGCUGCUGCCGCCGCCGCCGCGGCCACCCCAGCUCCCGCCUCCCGCCAACGUGCAGACUCAGCUGCUGCUCGUGCACCAAGCCGGCGACAUACCGCUGGCGUACCACCGUGAGGAACUGUGGUGGAGGUCGGCCAUUGCGGCCGCGACGGCAGGUUCGUCGGCGGAGGGGCUACCUCCAGCGCCGGUGCAGCACCCGGGAGUAGCGGGGUGGGGCGGGAACCAGUGCGCGUCCUGCGGCCUCUCCGAGCUGCCGGGAUCCACCGUCAUCUGCGACGCGUGCGAACGUGGGUUCCACCAAGCCUGCGUCCACGUCGCGCGGCGGCCUCCGGUGGGCGUGAACGAGGGGUGGAUGUGCCCGGAGUGUGCGACAGGACCCGUGCCGCUCGACAUCACCAGGCAGUUAUGUCAGCUCCCUCUUGAUAAUUUCCUUAUGGUUUUACAUCUGUUUUUGUUCAGCGAAUUUUAUACAUAGCUCUAAGAAGUACGUAGAUUGUUGUUCAUGCCGUCCGGAAUUUCUUGACGGGUAGUAAAUCGGACGGAGGGAGAGUACUUUUCAGAAGUUUAUAUCGAUCGCUCAUGUUUGGUCUGCUACUUGUUAUGAUUAAUUACACAGAUGCACUUGCUUGACUGUUAAUAACACAGCAUAUGAACAUGAUCUUUGGAUUUUUCUGCUUU